AUGGGUCCCGCCGAGGAGAGCAGCCAGCACGACAAUGCUACGCGCGCGCGACAGCGCCGCUACAACCUCAUCUGCGCCCUGGUCCACCUGACCUUUCUCCUCGCCAUCCUAAUCCCAGUCGCCGUCUGGUGGUUGGUCAAAGAUGCUCGUCUCUGGGCCGCCGCCGUCCCGGAGGAGUCCAACACCACCGCUCUGCCCGUCCUCGACCCCAGCAUGUCCGCCGCUUCCCUGGUCGAACGCUGGCACAUCCCCGGCAGGGACUGCACCACCCACCCUGGGCUCUGCAUGUGGUGCAAGACUGGCGAUCCCUCGUUCCUGCCCGAGGGCAAGGACGGCUCGGAGUACUACGGGCAAUUCCUGUGUCCGCUGUUCGGCAUCAAUAAUAGGCCGACGCAUGACACCGCCACGCAUGUUACCCGCGAUAUCGUGGCGGAGCCGGAGGCCUGCGAUCCGCUUGCGCCCUUCUGUACGAGCAAGCGCGACGCUGGGGUCGAAACUCAGAAGCAAGGACACGAUGUGGAGCACUCCGGUGAGCAUGCCGAUGACCGUCUCGAGGAGGAAGCCGACAAGAAUUCUCACAAGGACCGCAGUGAGCAAAAUGAUCGCCUAGAGGUGACGAUGAUCCCGGAUCCGAAAGCAAACUGCUCGGCGAUGAUGUGGGACUCGAUAUUGUCGGACUGCCCGCUGAGCCCUGCGCCCAUUCCGGAAAAGACUUUCUGGGAAGAAUACGCAAAGAACGAGUGA